ACCGAAUCAUUUCAAUUCGAACAUUCCUAGACUCUCUCUCUCUCUCUCUCUCUAUCUCUCUUCCUUGAAUUGGAAGUUUUGAAUUCGCGUGCGAUGAAGAUUUAACUUUUCUGCAAGGAGGCUGUGAAAUUCUUCGACUUUUAGGGCUCUCUUAUUGGCUCUGCUUCUUUCUAUUGGUAACACAAGGGUCUUGUUGAUGAUUAGCUAAAAUCUGGAAUUCGAUAUUCGCUUCUUUCCUUCUCACCAACCAAAGGGAGCAUUCCGGUUUUCAUUCCGGACUUCUUCUGUAAUUUAAGUUGCGAGCCCGCAAUUCCUCGAGAUUAUCCGUAUAUAAGUUUUGACUAAUCAGUCGACCGUCUGAUAGGGGACAAGAUACAAUAAGUUUCAGGAUAUGGGAUGCCUGGUGUCAACACCAAAGGAUGCUGGUGGAAAUAGAAGGAGGCCAGCAAACAUUGGAGAAGUUUCAGUAUAUGUUCCUGGUUUUCGGAUUCCUAAACCUGUUGAUUUCUCCCAGUCACUUGGCGACCACCUGACCAAGAAUUUAGUGGAACGCCUAUCUGCUCUAAGAACUCGUAUUGUCGUAAUGGCUGGUCAAGAAGCUCCUACAGUGACAAGAACGAGGAGAAAAACCCAGCAUGGAGGUUCAACUUUAGCCGAUCUUCAGCAGGCUCUGGAAGAUUACUUGCCAGUUCUUUUAGGACUAGUUAGAGAUGGAAGCCAGCUACAAUACAAAGUACAAUUUGUAUGGGUAAAUCAGGAGGAUGAGGCAGAGGUGGAAACAUCCAUUUCUAAUGCUUGGUACGAGGUGUUGUCAGUUUUGCAUUUGAUGGCAAUAAUAUCAUUAUCACAGGCCAAUUUAUUGCUUCUUCCAAGAACGUCUACUGAUGGUUAUCAGCCAAAGGUAUCAGAAGAGAAUAGACGUGCUUCCAUUGAUAUUUUCUUGAAGGCAGCAGGAUACCUAGAUUGUGCUGUCCGGCAUGUUCUCCCACAGUUUCCUGCUGAACUCAGGAGAAAUCUUCCAGUAGACCUAGCAGAAGGAGUUCUUCGAGCACUUUGCCUGCAAGCAUUAGGACAGGGUGGUGACACUCAACUUGGAAUGGCAAUUGAUAGCACCAAAGCUACUCUUGCAGUAAAGCGAAGACUUGCGUGUGAGAUGGUGAAGUACUGGCAACAGGCUCAAGAUAACAUAAUGAACCUUCCAUUAGCAAAUGGCUGGGGGGAAAAGCAUCGACUCUUUGUGAAGUGGAAAUAUGUUGAAGCAAAGGCUGCAGCAUAUUAUUAUCAUGGUUUAAUCCUUGAUGAGGGAAAUACUGAAAAAUCCCAUGGGAUGGCUGUAGCUGCUUUGCAAGCGGCAGAUGAAUAUUUCAAAGAAAGUAAGAAGGCGAGUGAGGCUUUUAGUACAGCUCCUCCUCUGUCCAGAAAUCCGCCGCUUUGGGGAACCAUGAAGUAUCUUUCUGAGAAAAUUCCAAAAGAUACUUCAAGCAAGGUUCGGAUAAACCGUGAUUUAUACUCUUAUGAGAGAAUCAUGGAGACGGCACCAACAUUGCCUGACUUUGCUUUGGCAUUGAAACCUGAUGAAUAUCAACUUCCUCCAGUGGACCCCUCUUGGAACGAGGAGAACAUGAAUAGAGGACAAACUGGCUCCAACCAGCUCAAGGGUGAAAGAAGAUAAUUAUGAAGUUUUUUCCGAUCACAAGGGUACAGGGGCAACCUUAAACAUGGAAAGCCCAUCUUAAAACAGGUGGACUAACAUUUAUCAAUUGCUGUCUUUCAAAGGUCCAUUUUAGUUGUGUUUUCAUUUUCUUUGUUUUUCCUUCUUUCUAUUUUUUCUCUCUCUUUGUUUUAAUAAUCCCUCUCUUCCGAGAAGUCUGUGACCUACCCUGUGAUAGAGCUUUGUACAAGUUGCUGGUAUGUGUAAAUCGCCAAAGAAAGGGAAGAAAAAAAAAUGGUUUAUUUGCCAAAUUCCAAAUAAUUUGUAUACA